AUGAGGAGAUUACCUUUGCAUCUCCUAGAGGAGAUUCUCUUCAAAUUAGAUCCCAAAUCCUUGGUGAAGAUGCCAUGCACAAACAAAUCCAUCAACUCGCAUGUAUUAGAGGACCCAAAUUUUAAAAGAAAAUACUAUUCCCGUAUCGGAUCCAGUUUGCUUCACGUCUCCAAAUAUGCCUCCAAUUUACUCUGUUUCCACCCUUUUGGAAAUUCUAGGUCAUUCAACAACACUGAGCGCUUAGAGAUAUUGUUUAAUAUUCUCGCUUCUUGUUCCGGCCUUCUCCUACUCUCCAUUGGUGGUCGUCUCUGCGUAGCUAAUCCCCUUACAAACAAGUUCCGAUUCAUGGAUUACCCUAACUCGGGUAAAACAACUUGCAUUGGGUUUGCUGUUGAUCAUAUCGAUCUAACCACUCAAAAAUUCAAAAUCGUCUGCAUAAUCGAGGUGCUUAAGCCUCCAAAUCCAGACGAAAAGAUGUAUCAGUUCGACAUUAACACCGGAGAGUCAUGGAGUUUAUCGAAAACAACCUUUACUUGCCACCCAAGCAAUCUCAAGAAGGGUAAGAAUUCGAAACCAGUUUACUUUAACGGAGAUCUUCACUGGCUGAGAAAAGACGGUAGCAUCGUAGCUUUCAAUCCGAAAACAGAGGAAGCUCGACUGAUUCCGAUCAAAUUUUACCUGAAACCGAGGAAGGUCUUGCUCUGUGCCGGCGAUAACCGCCUGACACUGAUAUCUGCUACGGAGGAAGUGGUUUCCGUAGUUGCCGUCGAGAACGACGGUAAAUGUAUCCUCGUGAGGCGGAUCAAGAACGAGCCGGUGCACCUAAAUACGCCGUUGUCGUACUGGAACGUGCAGGCGUACGACGGCAAAUGUUUGGUAAUGAGGACGAUGAAGAACCAUCCCGUUGAGCGAGUGGUUCAUAGCUACAACUUGAGAGCGAACAAGUGGGAAGUCGUGGGCACGAUUCCAUGGUGGUGCGAUAGUAAUCGAAACUUUUUUCUGUUUAAGCCGUCGUUGUCUUCUUCUGUGAUAGGACUACUGGAUCAGGAAGAGGAGAGGAAUCUGCUCAAGCUCAAGGCCACGAGUUCCAGGACCUAUCGUCAACCCGAUAUCGAAUCUGAACGGCGCAUCUCCUCUGUAAUGGCUAUUAUGGGUCUGGUUAGUCGUAAUUUGUGUUUUCUCUAA